AGCCACGUUUUAUUCUCUCUCUCUCUCUCUCUCUCUCUCUCUCUCUCUCUCGUCGUCAUUGGGGCAGAGAAGAACGUGACAAUGCAUAUAUUACACGCCCAAAAUCAAAAUACUGGAGUUGUUUUGUGUUUGCAAUGUUUCAAUACUGAUUAUUUUUCUCCCCUUGGUACGGUAGACACAACAUUUCCCUUAUCACAGCCUUAUUGUCCUUUUCUCUCUUUGUCUCUCUAUGUUCCCCCCUUGCCUCGUGUGUGUGUGUGUGUGUGUGUGUGUGUGUCGUAACAAAAACACUGUGGAAGGGUGCAGGAAUCAGUGGUCGCUCAGCACUGGUAAGCGAAAUGCACGUACAUUUUUCAAGGCUCCUUCCCUUCCUGACGGUGCUCAUAUCUGUGGCUGUGGAGGGUCGGUGGGUCCUGCAGCACUUCCCGGAUGACGGAGAGCGACAGGCGGGUGGCGGGAGCGGCGGGUUGAGCGGCUCCAUACAGGUGUCUCUUCGGCGCCUCCCUGACGGCAGCCCCCAAGUCACCUGCUACCGAAAGUCCAGACCCAGCAAGAAGGGAUACAUUACCUUCAACCUGCAAGACGGUCACACGCUGGGCCAGUACUCGGUGCAGAUUGACGAGACCAGUGAGGGCAGGGGGGUGUCGUGCCAGCUGGUGCCGGGUGACGGGGCCGCACGUCACCAUGCCGAUAGACACAGUGAUAAACCGUCAGUGGGAGCGAAUACAAGCGCACGAACAGACGACAUAAGCAACCCGUCAAGACUUGGCUCUACUGACGCUACUUAUAAUGGGAUCACAUCGCCAGGAAUUCCAACUACACUUCGCUAUCGACGCUGGGCAAGUGGCACAAGUAAUCCGUCAAUAAACCCAUCCACUAACGCUUCUGACAUCUGGACCGCUUUGCCCUCAGUAAUAAGUGCCCCAGGGAUGCCAGACGUUCUUCGCCAACAGUAUGAAAAGCUUGCGUCUUGUGUGCGAGAAAGCGGCGUUCUUUCUGACCACGCCAAGACCAACCACCCGCUGUACGAGUCAGGGGUCAGAUUCGUAACGUCCCCAAACAAGCUCUCCCCGACUCUGAAACAUUACGUGUGUCUGGUGUAUGAUGACAUCGCUUCCCUGGACACUCCUAAUGCCGCCUCACCGAUGAAAGAAACACAAUUGCCGAUUAUCCAUCCACCUCUUCCUUCCAGUGAACCUUCCAGCACGCCUUCCAGUACAUCCCUCACGCCUCCAGAGUCUUCCACACCUAAUGACACAAGUACAGCCACCUCCACUGAUACACUCGAAACGCCCCCGCAAGAAGCAGUGGCUAAAGUGUCAAUACCGUUCUCUACUGAAGCCACUCCUGAAAAUGAGGAGGAAUUAGGUGACCAAUCAAUGACUCCAAGCCCACCUGCCACCUCCAGUACACCCAGGGAAGCAGAAACAACACCCACCAGUCUACCAUCAACAACUCCAACCCCACCUGCGACUUCCAGUACACUCGUGGACCAAGUGCCUUCGUCUGCAGUGAAUAAGGUACAAUACCCCAAUUUCCGACCAGACCAAGAGUCAGAUUUCACCUUCAGUUUGUCCUCCACGCUUGCCGCAACAUCACCACCAAUGGAACUAGACUCAACGACUCCCAUUCCCACUACUUAUGAAGCCACGUCUGAUACAAGUGAUGCCGAAGAGAGUGGAGAUUCUACUGUCACUCCUACAACUGCUGCCUCAAGUACAAAUGGUGUAACUGAGGAGUCUGUAUCCACACCUGUCACUCUUUCGGAGCACACAGUGGCUAGUACACAAACAGUACCUACACCCUUCCCCUCGAUGAGUGAAGAAGAGGUGGUCGUUGUACCAUUAGACUAUCUUUCAGUCAGGCUCACUACUUACCCUCAAUCUGACUAUCUGCCAACACUAAAGCCAGACAGUGAAGCAAUACACACAACACCUAUGAUGUACUUGACUGAUCUCCCAGAGGCUCACCAGGCAGACGAACCAGGCACUGAGAGUCUACCUUCCACUGUCACGGGUUAUCCCAGAACGUAUUUGCCGGAAACACACGAACCAAUGGCAGAAACUGGGACUCCUAUUACUAAGCACUCUACGACUUCCCUGCCGAUAGAAACCAGACCGACAGCACCUUCCACUGUUCCUACAACCCCCGUGUCAGGCUCUUCCACUUCCAUAAACCCUCCAGUGCUUGAUGGAACUGAACAUGUGGAGGGUGAAACCAAGACUCGUAUACCAGAUCAAGUCACUCUCCCUCACAAUAUGGACAAUGAAGAUGAGGCAAUACAUUCAAGUUACAGGACAUUUAUAAAUCUACUACACCUGAGAUCAGUACGACAGGUGUUCCCUCUCAUGACUCCACGACUGGGAUGAUUGUAUCUACUGCUCCUCAUGAGGCAGAGGCGAAUGAGACCACGAUGGAACCCGCCACUUCUCAUGAACCUACAAUGGACUCAACAAAUAUAACUGAACCUACAACUGAAACCACAGAUUCUUAUGAGGCAGCAGAGACAAUUGAACCUGCAACUGUCCCCACGAGUUCCCACGAGACACAGGCAGAUGAAUUUCCUAUUUUCUAUGAUGCAAAUAUUACUGAAACUACAAUCGAGCCCAUUACCUCGCAAGAGACAAAGGCAACUGAACCUAUUGCUUCUGAUACGACAGCAGCGAUAACUGAACCUCCUUCCUUGACAGAGAUUACCAGACCCACUGUUGAACCCCAGGCAGACGUAACUGAGCACACCAUUUCUCAAGAGGCAGAUUUCACUCAACUGACUUCUGAACCAACCACUCUUAGAGACACACAAAUAACCACGCCUACAGUUGAACCUCUUAUUUCGCACGAAGAGGCAGAAACAACACAAACUACCCUUAAUGAGACAGAGACUGAACCCACAACUGAGAUGAAGGAAGACGUGACUGGCACCACUUUUGAGCACAUCACCACUAGGCAAACCACACCUCACAUCCCAUUCUAUUACGCAGCCACCACUAGUCAUUCCACCUCGGCCUCUACAACACCCACAACACCACCCAUUGCUAGUGUAGACCCACGCUUUCUGACGGCCUUGUAACCCCCGCAGAAAGCACAAGUGUAGCUAUAGAGAGUGACGAUGAGUAUACUACAAGUUCAACAGGAAGCUACAUCUCUCAUCGACUCUCUAGUGAGACGACUCUAGCCACCACGUCAGUCACACCUCAUCCUCUGGCAGCCUUAAUGAAGCAGAAACCAAUACCUUGUGACUUCUCCUUCAUGAAAUACUUCUUCGAUCACAUGUCGCCACCUUGUCGCUCGGAACUCAUGAGGAUUCUGACUCUAUCAAUGAAUUCUAGUGGAGUGAGUGUGCAGCGUGUGUAGACUCAGUGGUUUGGGAAAUUAAGUGCUUCAGGUAGUUUUUGUAUGCCCGUCUCCAAGAAAGUAAGUGAAUUCUGGUGAGUGGGUCGGCUUGAAGUGUCAAUACAUAGCGCAAGCAGUGAGUGAGGGCAUCAAUCAGUGAAUUCCUGUAGACUCGGUGGCUAGGGACAUGUGAGUGCUUCAGGUAGUUUUUGUGUUCCCAUAUUCAAGAAAGUAAGUGAAUUCUGGUGAGUAGGUUGUCUUGAAGUGUCAAUACGUAGCGCAAGCAGUGAGUGACGGCAUGAAUCAGUGAAUUCCUGCAUUUUGGGAAGUGUGACUCGUGCGUAUAGUUGUGCUUAAAGUGUUUGUGUGAUUCUAUCCUGAAGAAACUGCGGUCAAUACGUGAAACAAUGAGCGAGUGAAAGCAGUGGCAGAGUUACUUUAUUCGUGUGUCAAGUGCCAAAGCUGCUGUGACUGACUGACUUGGUGGUGAUGCAAAGCAGAUCAUCGCGGUUAGAAAGCUCAGGUCCGUAUUUUGAAACGCUUUGCUCUCUCACCACUACUGUUUUGCAAGGCCACAGAGAUGAUUAGCGGGGUUUUCAAGAGUGUUUCUCCAGUUAGUAAUGUAGAAAUCUUGUUAUCUGUCUCCAGAAACGUAAAAACACUUAAAAAAAAAAAUCAUGUAAAUUUGAAAUGGUGGAGGUGAAGCGCAGAAAUGUUUGAGAAGACGAACCAGAGUCAGUCACGUCAGUUCUUCCCUUCUACUGGCACUACAUUUUUUUCUUUUUUAACUUACACCUUGUGGGCUUUUCAAGGGAAUUAAUGGGCUAAAAGGGAGUAAUUUUUUGAGGUACCUCCUAUCUCAAAGCCCACCCGCUAGGAAACCGCUGCCCUGAGUGAGGAAGCCCAACCUAUACUUUGACCGUGGACAAGAUUCGAAUUCGCUUGGUUCCACUGUACCACGGCGGCCCCCAAUUUACAAGGAACAGUCACUUCAUGGAAUAUCAGAAGUGUUACAAUCUUUCUAUCUCCUGUACAAUGUUCGCCAGUCCUCUGUGGUUUCCGGGGUGUGUAAUAAGUGUUUUCUGCAGAUACUUGUAGUUGCUUUGUUUCAAGUCCUGUAUGGUAACUCUUAAAAACCUUUCCUAUGUAUCUUUAUUUCCUCUCUUGUAUUAUAUUCAGGAAGUGCAAUUACGUAUUCCUUAAGUCUGUGUUGUAUUUCAGGUAGCUUUGUAUUUAACCCCUUCAGUACCAUGACGCAUUUCAAUAUUCAUUCUGCUUACUAUUCGAUGACUUUAUUCAGCUCCAGAAACUCAUUUCGGGGAUUCAAAUAGUGAAGACUGUGGCCAUCAAUCUUCUCACCUCAUAGACCCUUCCAAAUGCAAAUAAAAUCAUCUAAUCAUAUCCAAAACUCAAGGUUAAAGUGCGUCUCAGUAUCGAAGGGGUUAAGUUCAAUGUUCAAUGCACGUUUUUUGUACCGUGUAUAUUGAUCUUGUGUUGAAUGAACAAAUAGUCUUGG